AUGGGCAGCGAUUUCGUCAGAGGCGUUGAGAAGUCGGGAGAUUUCCUUCAGCACAGGGAUGUCGACGUCGACGACGACGAGAAACAUGCACCGACCGACUCUCACACUCUCAGAACAUCCCACCAAGCCCCAUCCCCCUCCGAGAAACCCUCCCCAAACCUCGAAGCCCGCACCCGUCUCAAAAUCAACCUCACCGUCCUCCUCCCCCUCUUCCUAGGCCUCCUAGUCUUCCAACUCGACCGCAUGAACCUCGCCAGCGCCCUGACAGACGGCUUCACGCAAGACAUCGACAUCGACCAGAGCACCGUGAACCUCGGGAAUCAGCUGCUCUUCAUGGGGAUUGUGGUGUGGGAGAUUCCGUGUAAUGUGGCGUUGUUGAGGAUCGGCCCCCGCAUCUGGCUCCCCCUCCAAAUCCUCGCCUUCGGCCUGGUCGCGACCCUCCAAAUCUUCCUCACCAACCGCGCCGGCUUCCUCGCCGCCCGCCUCUUCCUGGGCUUCGCCGAGAGCGGCUACAUCCCCGGCGGCAUGUACAUCCUCUCGACGUGGUACCCGGCGCGGGAGCGGGCGCGGAAGAUUUCGAUCUUCUUCUUUGGCAUGUUUGGGGGGAAUGCGCUGAGUCCGGUUUUGGCGAGUGGGAUUUUGCGGUUGGGGGGUGAGAGGGGGUUGAGGGGGUGGCAGUGGUUGUUUUUGGUUGAGGGAUGUUUCACCAUCCUCAUGGCCAUCGUGAUGACACUCUGUCUACCCGCGAGCAUCGACGAUCCCAAACCGCUCUUCGGUCCUGGACUCAUUCGACUCUCCGAGGAAGAAAAGGAAGUUCUCCGACGACGCAUGCAGAACGAUUCCAGUCAAAGCGGGAGUCUUGCGCGAGUGAAGAUCUCCCUGGACCAAGUCUGGAGAACCGUCUCCUAUCGCCGGCGUUGGCUGCACUACGUCCAGACAUUCGCGGCCUUUUCAACAUGGUCCAGUCUGACGACGUAUACGCCCAGCAUCAUCAUGUCCCUAGGCUUCAACCGCACCGCCGCCAACGCUCUCGCCGCCGUAGGCGCCAGCCUCGCCCUCCCCGUCGUCUUCCUCUUCGGCUGCAUAUCCGACUCCACCAAACGCCGGGGCGCCACAGUCCUAGCAGCACUAACCUGCUACCUCGUCGUCCUCAUCGUCGCCCGCACCGUCCACCCGCACGUGGGCGACUGGUCCCGCUGGGGAAUUUGGACGGCUGUGAACGCCUUCGCGGUGGCGUACCAUCCGGUCUCGAAUACGUGGUUGCAACUGAAUUGUCGGGAUGAUGCGGAUCGGGGUGUUGGUAUUGCGAUGUGGGUGAUGAGUGCCAUGUGCGGCCUGAUGGUCGGCACGCAGUAUUUCCAGGGUGGUGAUCGUCCUUUCUACAUGAACGGCUUGACCAUCGACAUCGCCAUGGUCUCUGUAUCCAUCGCCGCUGCCGUGGGCCAAUUAUUAGUAUACGUUUCGAACAACAAGCCCAGAGAAAGCAAAGGGCCGGAUUGGAUGGCCCACGUUAUAUAG